UUUUUUGCUAAUGCAUUUUGUUCUCUUAAUCAGUUGUAUUGCGCUUCUAAAUCUUAAACUAUUUGUCGUCUUUGAUUGAUGCAGAAGCGGUAUGAGGUUAUUUCAGUCCUAGGACAGAGGCCACUCUAAUAGAUCUCAAUUACUGAGUGGAUAUUACUAAAAUGAUAUUCAGUUCCUCAAGACAAGAUUCUAGGUUAUAUUCGACAGAUUUUCCUUUGUUUGAGUUGAGGCUUGAGUAGACUACUAGUGGUUAUGGGAGGAAGCAUCCAAAUUUGUCAAUAUGGCAUUAUGGCGUCCUUUUUUAAUCUCGUUAGUUCCAUCUCGUUUCGAACUCAACCAAUUACUUCAACUCUGCAGCAAUUUUGGGUUGAUACGCCAAGGAAGACAAGUUCACCAGCACAUCAUAGUUCACGGCUUGGAUCACCAUCCUUUCAUUCUAACCAAGCUCGUCCAAUUCUAUGCCAAAUUCGGAGAAUCUCUAUUUGCCCAUACACUGUUCGACAUAAUGCCGCACCCAAAUGUGUUUGCUUGGACGGCAAUUCUAUCACUUUACUCUGGCAAUAAGUUAUCAAGUGAUUGCCAAAAGAUGUAUAGAAAAAUGAAAGGAAUGGGAGUGAAACCCGACAAUUAUAUAUUUCCUAAGGUGAUAAGGGCAUGCUCAUAUUCAGAAGACAUCAUAUUCGGAAUUCAGAUUCACUGUGAUGUGAUUACAUUCGGUGCUGAGUUUAGCACAGAGGUAUGCAAUUCUUUGGUUGAUAUGUACUCGAAAAUUGGGAAUCUUGAAAGUUCUAAAAGGGUUUUUGAUAAAAUUAUGUACAAGGAUUUAUUAUCAUGGAAUUCAAUGAUAUCUGGUUACGUCUUCAAUGGGUUCCAUUCAUCAGCUGUCGAUUUAUCGAGUUCUAUGAGGUCCGAUGGAGUCGAACCUGACACGGUUACUUUGAACACAAUAAUAGACGCUUACUGUCAAAUGGGUCAGUUCGAUGAAGCUAUAAAGAUUUUUGAAAAGUUUGAAAAGCCAAACAUCAUUUCAUGGACAACAUUGAUGUUAGCUUACUCAAAGAAUGGGAAAUAUGAAUUAGCAUUGAAGAUCUUCAGAGAUAUGAUGGUUAAAGGCGAGAAUCGCCCUGAUUUGGAUUGUGUUUCGAUAGUCGUUGUUUGUUGUAGAUAUUUGAAUGCGCUGAAAUGUGGACGCGAAGCUCAUGCUUAUGGAAUCAAAACCGAGAAUAUGAUUCCAUUCUACAAAUCUGUAGGGCCUGCUUUAUUGAUAAUGUACGCCAAAUGUGGUAAGAGAAUAAAAGAUGCAGGAAGAGUUUUUGACAUGAUGGACAAAAACGAUAUCGUCGCUUGGAAUGCGAUGAUUUCAGGUUUUUCCGAUCUGGGUAUGAGAAAAAUGACAAUUGAUUGUUAUAGAGAAAUGCAUCGAAUGGGAAUUUCGAGUAAUGAAACGACAAUUUCAACCGUAUUAGCCUUAUGUGAUUUGAAACAUGGAAAAGAAAUUCAUUCUUACUUCAUAAAGAGUAAUUUUGCUUCUUCUGUGACUGUUUUGAAUGCACUAAUUAAUAUGUACUCUAAAGGUGGUUGCAUCAAAACUGCUGAUUUCAUUUUCUCUAAAAUGGAGAAUAAAGAUUUAGUUACGUGGAACACGAUGAUUACUGGAUUAGGAAAUCAUGGAUUAGGCGAAACUGCAAUUCAAGUUCUUUCCAACAUGAUAGAAUGUGGGUUUCGACCCGAUUCAGUUACUUUCACUUCUUUGUUGUCGAGUUGUAGCCACUCGGGUCUUGUGGAUUUGGGGGUAGAGAUAUUUGAAAGAAUGACUGUUGAUUUUGGAAUUGAACCGUGUAUAGAACACUUUGCUUCUGUAGUUGAUUUGCUAGCUCGUUCUGGCCAUCUUGAAGAUGCGUUAUGUUUCGUUAAGAAGAUGUCGAAGAAUGUUGAGCCUGAUAAACGGAUUUGGGGUGCUUUGCUUGUUUGUUCUCAAGCUUGCGGAAAUUUUGAUGUUAUAAUAUUGGCAUCAAAGAAUUUGGUUUGCUUAGAACCUGAAAAUGCAGGACAUUAUGUUACAUUAGCAAAUAGUUAUGCUUCAUUUGGUAGAUGGGAAGAUUGUGUAAGAGUUAGGAAGCUAAUGGAGAGUAAAGGGUUAAUGAAACCUUCGGGACUUAGUUGGUUUGGAACUGACUAAUUGAUCAGAGAUUUGGACUAAAGGGUAUUAUCAUCUUUAGAUCUAACAAAUAAAAUAAUGUUAAAAUGUUCAUGGUACUAGUACAAUAUCUUCAUUAUGAAAAAGAAAGAAGAAGCUCGGACUGUGAUAUCAAGUAAAAAUUCUUUAUUAAUUUUUA